AUGAGGCAUUCGUGCAACUCACCAUGUCUUCUGGUUGCAAAUAAACACCGCAUAUUAGCUUUGGAUUACGACAACAAGUCGAUAUUUCCAGUCGUUUCCAAUUUAUCAUUCGCUGUAGAUGUAGACUUUCAUUACAAUAAGGGCUACAUAUUUUGGAGCAACAUUGUAAGUAUCCAGCGCUCGAAUAUGGACGGCACAAACAUCAUCGUUAUCCACAAUGAGACUUACUGUUAUGGUUUGGCAGUAGAAUGGGACUCACUGCAGCUGUAUUGGACUGAUUAUUACAACAAAAUUAUAAUGGUAUCAGACCUCAAUGGAAAUAACAAACGCAUUGUUUUCACUUCGCUCUCUGGACCAACCGAUAUCGUUCUCGAUCCAUACCAAGGGUCGUUACCAGGCAGCGUUUACAGACUGAAUCCCUCCAAUGGAAAAGUUAAAAGUAAUGUAACCAUCGAAGGCUAUUGGAGAGACGCUUAUGGUCUUGUUGCAUAUGAUAGCUCCUUGCAGUUUCCAGUGAUAACAUGUCCAGUGCCUUCACCAUCCAGUGGUACAAGAGCCAUAUGUUCGAGGAAUGCAACCUGUCAGUUCUCGUGUGAGGAUGGCUAUGUAGGAUCUGGCUCUCAAGUAAGAAGAUGUCAGCGCAAUGGAACUUGGAGUGGACACAAUUAUUCUUGUCAAAAGAUCACAUGUCCAGUACUGUCUCCACCAACUCAUGGAAAAAGAUAUGGAUGUCCAGGAAAUUUGCCAUUAUAUAACGGUACCGUCUGUCGGUUCACGUGUAAUAAUGGCUAUGUAGGAUCAGGAUCUCAAGUCAGAAGGUGUCAGUACGAUGGAAUUUGGAGUGGACAGAACUUUGUUUGUAAAACUUUAAAGUGCCCGACCUUGUCAUUACCGAGGAAUGGUGUCCUCUUGGGAUGUAACACCAAUAACACAGAGAUGUCAUAUGACACUGAAUGCAGGUUCUUUUGUAAGGAAGGAUCUGAAGCGAUUGGUACAACAAUAAAGAGGUGUGCUGAAAAUGGAACGUGGAUUGGACCAGACCUUGUUUGUCCAGAAUAGCUAUGAACUCACUGUAGAUUGCCAAC